CCUCUAAAAAUGAAAUGCACUAGUCAUACACACAUUUGUUUUGAGAUUACAUCAGCUGACUAUACUCAUCUGAAAAAAUUUUCACUUACAAUCGCCAAAAUUAGAUUGGGAAGUAAGUGCUGCGGAUUCAACUUCAGUUCAUUGGCACUUUAUUUGGCGUUCACUCGCCCAGACUCUGGCGAUAAAACGCUUUUCCUUCUCCCAUCAGGCAACCCUUGGCCGAGAGUCGUUCCAUGUCGAGUAUUUUGCUUUGUUUACUAUCGCUUCAAAAAUUGUAGAACCGUUUCUAUUCGCGCUAUGGAAAAUCAACUCUUGAAGCGUGUUUUUCGAUGAUGUAUUCUUUCGUCGGGUUGAUGAAGAUUCUGUGAAAUUCAUUCCGCAAUAAGGAUUUUAUCCGCGAAAUGAUGGCUCGAUGCCCAGCUGGUGCCUGAUGAUAGAGAGCUGGCGAUUCAAAAUGGAGGCCAAAUCAGUGGUUAUCCCCCAUCAAGUUUUUUGGUGUUUACAAUGUGACAUAUUUUGGACUCAAUUUUCGUGACUUGCGGCCUCACAUGGGGAAAGAACAAGAACUUAUAGAAGCCGCAAGAAGUGGGAAUAUAGCGACAGUCGAGCGGUAUUUGAGUCAAAGAGCCAAAAGAUCAGGUCCCCUCGCAAGUUUAAGAAGAGGCCCAGGAGCAAAUGCUCAAGAUCAAAGUGGUUACACGUCACUUCAUCACGCUGCUCUGAAUGGCCACAAGGAGAUCGUUUCGUUGUUGCUGCAAUACGAGGCCUCCACCAAUGUUGUCGAUCACAAGGGAUCAACACCACUCCAUCUGGCGGCCUGGACUGGAAACAUCGACAUCGUUCGAUUGUUACUGGAGCAAGGACCAUCGGUCCCUAACGUAAAUCUAGCAAAUCACGACCGGGAAACGCCUCUGCAUUCCGCUGCUCAGUAUGGCCACACCGAGGUUGUGUCUCUUCUGCUCAAGGCUGAAAGUGGUAGUGCUCUUCACGAGGCAGCUUUGUAUGGAAAAGUAGAGGUUGUUAAAUUGUUAUUAGAUUAUGGUAUUGAUGUAAAUUUAGAGAAUAAUAUGAAAAGGACUGUGUUCGAUCUUUUAGAAGAUUUAAACACUGCCAUUUCCAAGCAAAUAUCUAGAAUAAUAAGAGAUCAUACGACAGCAGUGGGGAGGGUUGAGGACAGCAGCAGCAAGUCUCCCUACUCCACGUCACCUCCUUCUAGUUUCAGCUCGGUCUCGACCUUCGUUCCUACUCCAGAAAAACAGAACUCCCUUCUUCCUCUAGUCAGAAGUGGUUCUCCUAUGUCCGAGGCCACUGACACUAUCUGUUCCUACAACAGCAGCAAGCGAUCUUCCACGGCCAGCGAUACUCUCCGGAAGUCGCAGGGUUCCAGUUCCGAGCACCUGUCUAUGAGCAGCCGAAGUCCAUCGGUGUAUGAGACUCCGCCUCUUCCGAAGGACUACGACGCAGCUUCUGUACACUCAUCGUCAAUGUAUGAACCCCACAUCAUGACUUCUUCUACAGACAUCCAAGGACUGACCACUUUCUCUCCUCCAGAUCCUCAGGGUCCACCUUCCAGAAUAUCAGUGCCGCCUGGUUGGAAACCUCUUCCACCAGCAAAACCUCCUAGGAAGUCAAUCACAUCCUUAUCCCCUAGUGGUAAAACCCAGCAUCACAUAAGACAGUCAUCAGUCACAUAUGACUCUACUUCACAAAACCCAAUGAUGUACGAUCCAUCCGACAUCAUGAUGCCCAGGACACCACCCAGCGGUUUCGCUAACUCAGACUCAGGCAGCUUACACCAUCAUCACCAGCACCUAGCACAACAGCACCAACCUGCAUCGCUGACUUCAGCCACCCAGCAACAGAAUGUUUCUCAGCAACAGUUGUCGAACGGCAAGGUCAGCGAGACAUCGCCCUUCAGUGCUCUCUACGAUGAAGUGGCCAGUGGGAGGGUCACUAGUGCUACCUCCUCUCUUUUAGGUCCAAAGGCCAUGCAUCGCAGGCGGUUGACUGGAGAAGGUCUGAGGCCGGACAAACCCAUUCCUCCGGCUAAGCCGAAGACACUUGAUCUGAGGACUAAAAGACAGACUAUCCAGAUACCACUCAGCCCCACGCACUAUCAGCAGCCACCAACACCAGACUUUCCACCACCAUCACCAUCAACGGCCGCUUUGGGUAUCCAUGAGAAAAUAAGACCAUUAAGUCAGGAAUUCAGGAAUAAAAGAAUUUCUAGAGAUAUUGAGACUCUAACAGAAGACGAAUUGUUCGCAACAAUCGAUUCUGGAGGACACAUAAGGGUCUCUCUUAGAAAAGAGAACAAAUCAGUUUCAACAGAUAAUAUUGAAGAAAUCGUAGAUGAUGAUCCCUUUGCAGGAUUAUGCAGAGGUUCAGUUUGCCCAACGAGUUGUCCAUGCGACUUCCAGAUGUCUCUGAAAGGCCAAUCAACAAAACAGCAACAACAUAGUUAUGACAAUAUGCUUGGCAUGAACACCCUUCCCGAAACACGAUCCUCCAGGAAUCUUCGGAGAGAGAGUCCUUGUUCAGAUCCUGGUGGUCAGGUAUCUAGGUCAACAUCUUAUGACCGGGCUUCAAUUUCGGACUGGGGUGAGGCUCCAGCUACAACGGAAUCCGUGUUUGUGAGAGACAUGGAAGAAACGUUUGCCAGGACCCUCUCAAGAUUACGAAAAGAAUUUCAACGAUCUUCAUUCACAUCGAGUUUUACAACUGUUGAAGAAUGGCUGAAGAGUUUAGACCUUGUUAUCUAUUCCAAGAACCUCAUGGACAACGGUUUCGACGACAUAGACUUUCUGGGUGGUAAUAUCUUAGAAGAAGAUGACCUCAUAGAAAUGAAUAUAACGAACAAAGAACAUAGGCAAAAGAUCUUGGAAUCAUGUCACAGUCUUCCGGCACUCAAGCCUAUCAGUGAGAGUCAAGCACCUGAAUCUGUUGGAGAAUGGUUAAGGUCAUUACAUCUUGACCAGUACAUUGAUACUUUCAGAAGGAACGGGUAUUCUGAUAUGGAAAGAGCAAAAAAGCUAUGGGAAGUGGAGCUUAGUUCCGUACUUGAUAUCACGAAACCUGGUCAUCGAAAAAGAAUAUUAACGUCAUUAGGAGAGAAGCCAACAAGUCGAUUUUUUGAAGAAUUGAAGGAUUUUAGUCUUGCAAAAAUGGACUGGACAUUGGGGAGUAAGAGUGGGUUGUCCACCACAGACGAGCCAUCAUCAUCUGGAGACGAAUCCAGGACAGUGGACAUCAUGAGAGGUGACACAAGUAUUCGAAGCUUUGCAUCAAAUGGGUCACUCUCAAGGACAGAAUCUCCUCCCUCCGUGUCCGCUCUGAAGAUUCGUCCACCCACUCAACUCAUGAGAGACACUUCCCCCCAACAAAUUUUGCAGGAUCUUCCCUUCAAUACUACUCAGUGGAAACAUCAACCGGACGUCCUCGUGAAGGGCAGUUGUAAUUACACUGCAAAGUAUUUAGGAUCAACUUUGGUGAAGGAAGUGCGUGGUCUUGAAUCUACCAGAAAAUCUAUACAGAAAUUAAAAAGCUCAACGAGAAAUAUGAACAAAGUUCCCAAUGUUAUUUUAUCUAUAUCUUAUACCGGUGUUAAAUUUAUAGACGCACAAGCUAAAAAAUUGGUGUGUGAACACGAGAUACGUAAUAUUCAUUGUGCUUGUCAAGACGCAGACGAUUACAAUCACUUUGCUUACAUCACAAAAGAACAUCAAACUGCCAAUCAUUAUUGUCACGUAUUUUGUGCCCAGAACUUGGACAUGGCAACUGAAAUAAUUUUAACUUUGGGGCAAGCAUUUGAAGUGGCCUACCAGAUGGCGAUCCGGGAAAAGCCGGCUCGAUCCGGUAACAAAAGCGAGUCAGGCACGGCGUCCUGUGGUGACGACCAGAAGAGGUACGUCAGCCAGAUAACCGUGCAUUUAGUGCAGAAAACCCCGGAGAAAAAAACUAUGGACACAGAACUCAAACUUGCUGAGUCGUGACGUUGACAUAAUGUUAUAUGAAUGUAAACUAGCAUGUCGAACAAGAAAUUGUACAUUGUUAAAACUAUUAAUAAUAUUAUUAAAUUUGUUUUUUUGGUGCAAAAGCGUUUAUAGCAAAUGGACGGUUGGAAUUUAAGAGAGAAAUCAUGCAGAAGAUAUGAGAUCAAGUUAAACACCUGCAUACAAUUUCACUGGAGCAAAAUAUUACAGACAGAUAUUUUACAAAAGCAAUGUUAUUAAAUAUUUCAAGAUAUCAUUUGUUUAAAAAUCUAUAUGUUUCAAUUUAUAAUAAA